AUGGAAAAACCAAAUAGUGAAAAAAAGAGAGUUGGAGCCGAAGCUGUAGGUGUGGUGGUUGUCGAUGGGAGAGAUGCGCAUAUAGUUCAACUUGAAUGUGUUAGGUGGCCGAAAAAUAAAAUAGAUCGGCGUCAAAUACGAAUGGCAGGAGAGAUGACACAGGAGAUGCAACAGUCAAUGGAACUGUCACACGAAAUUGUUAUUGCAAACGGGCACCUGUUUGGUAUACAAGGCUUCACAUGCAACAUAACUCUGAGUCUGGAACAAAUUGGGAGAACCUACAAUGGCGUAUCUAUGGCCUUGCCAUUUGUAUUGCUCAUCAUAUCGGCUAUUAAAAAAAACAGUCUGCGAAAAGAUUAUGUAGCGACUGGAGACGUUAGUCUGGCUGGUGCUGUGCUUACGGUCGAUUACAUAAAUAACAAAAUUGUCGGUGCCAUCAACGCCGGGCUCAAAGGAGUUGUUAUCCCCGCUGAAAACGGGAAAGACGUGAAACCUUUUCUGAAAACACAAAUUAAAGUGAUAGAGGUGACAAGUAUUGUAGACGCAUGGAGCACAAUGAUUAUUCCUGAGAUGCCAAAUGGAGAUAGUGGGGCGAGUAAUUGUGGAUCUCUGGAUGGUGUUAGAAGUGUUACUAGGAAAGGCAAAACGAUGAAAACGAUGAAGUCUGGCCUUCCUCACAGAAAUCAGAUUUCUAAGGAGAGUGAUCGUAGUAGAAACAGCGGAUCGAGUACGAACGACAGUUUGAAUGAUGAUAGGUUGUUGUGUGGUAUAAUCCCUGGAAAGCAGGUUAAAAAUAAUAACGAGGAACAUACAUUGAGUCAAGCUCAUCGAGGCAAUCUAGAUGAUGAACAAGGGUCUCACAGAAAGAGGAACGAAUGCAAACAGACUGAUCAGAAAAAUGAGAUGACCUCAAUGGGUGAAUGCAUUGGAGAAGUUAUUAGAGAAGAUUACCUCGUGAUAAACUCGUCAGAUAAUUGUAGGCGUCCACUGUACAAGCAACCGUGUCCCUAUCCGCCAGAAGAACUUCCAAAACCGGAUCCCGAGCGAAAGAUGUCCCACACCGAGUACCUCCAAUUGAGUGAAAGCCCGAAGCUUGGAGUUCAGAAAAUUGGAUCAAAAGAUGUCUUGCUGAAAAAAGUUAUACUAAAUGAGAUCUCAAAAUCUCCGGCAAUAUGGAACACGUACAAGGCAAAUGGGAUAUACAGUGAGGUUGCUGUAAAUGUGUUUAAAAGGACCGGAAAAUUGUUGAAUAUCAAAUUGAUCCAGUCGAUAUUCAAACUUGCCAAGGACGGUCUCCGUAACCGCCUGCGGGACUCAAUUACCGAGAAGCUGCACAAUGAGGCGGACACUGAAAACCACCUCUGGCAGUGGGAGUUGUAUGAGUUCAUCAGAUUCUACAGGGAGAUUACUGAAGGUUGGGAACUCCGGAUGAGAGCAUUAGUUGCUAAGAAACACGAAGGUCAGCUGAGAGUCAGAGAGUCAGCUGAGUGUUCAGAUAUGAUUAAGGACGACAAGAAUUUGAUCAAUAUCGAUGAUGAACGUAAUAUGAAACUUGAUCACGUUCGGACUGAUAUUUCCGACACAAGCAUUGUACAGACCUGUAUGGACUCUUCGCGUCUCCCCUCUAAUGAUGAACAUCCUGGAGCGAAGCCGACACUGAUUCACCAUACAACGCCGUCACUCGAUUGCCAGCCUACAAAACAUGAAUCUAUUCAUUCAGACUUCUCAAAAGAAAUGGAUCAACUCGUGAAUCAAGCGACACGGAUUGCUCGCGAGCAUCCGGAACGUGCGGAGACUUUGCUCAAGGCGCUUUUCGCUACUGUGUCGACAUUUGAUCAAGAAGGUUAUGUUUGUGUGGAGGAUAAGAAGUUCACUGAGAAACAGUCCAAAUAA